AUGUCUCGUCCUCAAACUCCAACGCACGAUGUGUACAACGACCCUGACGCCUACGAGCUGCAAAUUGCUAUUGACCAGCUAGCGGCUGGGUCAUCGGAAGCACUGCGACUAUACCUAGCCCGCAAAAACGGAAUCGAUCCCGCUACGGCAUCACUGAGUUCAUCGCCCUUCGCAGUGAGCGACGAUCCGAACGUCACGUACGCAUACGCCGGAAAACUGGACAAUACCCAGGCGCCAGGAGAUGAGCAAAUGCACGACCCCAGCGCAGAGCCUCAUAAACCGGAUGUCAUGUUCGAGGACACAGAGAUACCUUUUGAAUAUGAGCCGUUAGACCCUGAGCUUCGACGAAUUCGCCUUCUGAGACUGGGUGCCGCUGACGAGGAUGGCAUUAUACGCGAACUGCGGGUCGAAACCUUUUACCUGGAUGAUGCUCCCCCUUAUUUUUGUCUCUCGUAUGUUUGGGGAACCCCCGAGCGAUUUCUCGCGGUGAACUGCAACGGGAAGAUGAUCUCUGUAACGCAGAAUCUUUACCAUGCGCUACGAACUUGCCUCAACAGGCACCCCACCACGUGGUUCUGGGCCGAUGGUAUUUGCAUCAAUCAGGACAACAUUGUAGAACGAAGUCAACAGGUUCUGCUCAUGGGAAAUAUCUAUAAAGGUGCAAAGCUGGUUCUUGCUCACCCUGGUCACUACCAAUAUGAGCGCCGCAAGCCAGAAGACGUUAACAACAGGGAGGAAACCACGUUGGAAGACCGCAUGGGAGGUCUGGGAGUUCAGGACAUGAUGAGCUUCGGCAUGGAUGACUCAGUCAAAGAUGAAGUCACGGCAGAGUUUGAGAAACCAUAUGGGCUAUCGGACUUCACCCUGGAGCCUGUGGAUGAUGCCUACAGCACCGAAAGUGUCCAAGGUGCCAUCAGUAUCAUGACAUUCAUGACUCGCAUCUGGGAAGAUCAACGCCGAGACAGCAUCAUGUCGGACAUAGAAUGGGACAAGGUCGGUCUCCCAGAUACGGAAACGGAAGAGGGCCGGGAGACGUGGAACAAGUUGGUUCGUUUCUGGGUGACUGAUUGGUACUUCCGCACAUGGAUCCUGCAGGAGGUCAUUCUGGCACCAAAGGUUGUCGUGCUCUACGGUACAGCAGCGAUCAGCCUGGAAGCAAUCACGGAUUUCUGGGACCUUGCGAGAAUUCAUGGCCUUCCAAGGCCACUUAGGAUCGGCAUGUAUGCUGAAGUUUUCAGUAUGAUUAUGCAUUUGAGUCCCGUAAGCUCCUUCAAGUUGCUACGAGACCGCAGGCAAGGAUUCGAGACAUCUCAAACAGUUGAUGAUACUGAGAAUGUGGAGGAUGAGCCUGUGGAAAGUGGCUCUCCUCUCAAUCUCCUUGAGUUGCUUUGUCUGACGAGGAAUAACCUGGCGACGGAUGCGAGAGACAAAGUGUAUGGACUUCUUGGACUCACUGACGACCCUGUCGCUCAAGUCUUCACUGAGGUGGCGAGACUUAUGAUCGAAGCUGGUCGCGGCAUUGACCUUCUACACCACGCCGGCAUCAAUCAAGGUGUCCCAAACCUUCCUUCCUGGGUGCCUGAUUGGACAGUACAGUCGCGUUCGACUUUAUCGACUCAGCUGUAUCACUGCAUGCCCAAAACGUCUCCCAUGAUAUCAAUAUCGGCCCCGGGAGAAGCUCCAAGACUGACUCUACGAGGCAUGAUUCUAGAUCGAGUCAAUUUCGUGGGGCCAUCAUGGAAAUAUUACACCCAUAGUCAGACUGAUCACAUGUUCAACAUUUUCGAGAGCGCUCCAGAUCUCGAAAUUCCAGCGUUCAAUGACGAAGAUUCUCGAAACUUCAUCCUCACCUUUGCGACUAUUGCGACUCAAGACGACCUUAAAGAGCGAUAUAUCGACGAGGCUCUUGAUGACGCGCUUGUGAGAACCCUAGCGAUGGAUCGAUCAUGGCGGGGCGAAAGAAUUGGACCAAGAGAUAAAGAAGAGAAAGCAGGGACAGAAGACGCCAAGUUUGUUGUCACCGGAAAGGAAGGCAAUAACUCUCCCGAGCUAGUAUCGACAUCGAAAGAAUUCUUCGCAGGUGUGGACGCCUUCCGGCGCUUCUACGCUCAAGGACCGAAUGAAGAGAAUGACGAGCACGCGCCAGGUAUUCGCGUGCACCAGACGGCGAUAUUCAAAUGGCUGCUUGAUUUUGACGUCGACGUCGAGGCAGACCUCCAGAAACGCAUGGUCCCCUUCACUGUCCCUUUUCAAGAAGCUCAACGAGGGCGGCGAUUUGCGAUGAUCGGUACAAGGGAUGACAAAAAUGCAGAAGAUAUUGCAAAAGAUGCGGUCAUCUUGGAAGAGAAUCCCAGUAGGGCGGUAUAUAAGACAAAGUCUCUGGACCAUCAUUACAUGGGCACUGUUCCGUGGAAUGCCCAGGUUGAGGAUUACGUGGUACUCCUUGAGGGUUUGAGGACACCAUUCGUCUUGCGAAAAAUCCUCAAUGAUAUUGAGUCAGGCAGUGCAGACGAGUUCCAGAUCAUCGGCGAUUGCUAUGUGCACGGUAUCAUGGAUGGCGAGCUUCUGAAGCCGAUUGACAGUCUCAAAGGGAGGUUGAAGGCUGAGCAAGUCGGAGUUGACGCCAAGGGAGAAGAGUAUGCUAACUCUUUCAAGCUUCAGCUGUUCAAUGAAGCAUUUUACAAUGUUGGUGUUUCUGUCAUGUCAUAUUCGAAAUUUGGCGUCAGAGGUUGCACUUGCGAGGUCAAAUUGAAGAGAGCAGCAAAUUCGAUGUCGGGAGUCCAGAACAGUCAUUCUGUUCACAGUAGAAAGGGGCGCCUCAAUAUUUUGAAAUUAAGGCCGGGGUCUGAAAUUUGGUGUUUUCUUUUUCUCCGCGGAAUUAUUGCUAUCCUGCGGCGGGUCAUGCUCGAGAUCGGUUACCUCGGGAUGUUUUGCUCAUGUAUCCCCAAGUCCCAUCCAAUUGUUUCAGCCCGUUUAAGGUUUCAGUCUUUCCUGUUUCUCACCAAGAGGCUUUUGUUUACACGUCAAGACCUGUUGACAAGUGUGUUAUUCAAGUUCUCAGAUAUGGGUUCUUUCGAAGAGCGUAUCGACACCGCUGUGCGGGAUCGUGAUAUCCCCGGCGUCAUACUUCAUGCUCGAGACAAGUCUGGCAUCUUUCAAUACUCGCAUGUGUAUGGAGACAACCUGAAAAGCGCAACACCUUUGUCAGAUGAUAAUAUCCUUACUCUUGCCUCCGUCACAAAGCUUUUCACGACGAUCGCUGCCUUGCAGCUCGUAGAACGUGGUAUUUUAACACUCGACGGGGAUGUGGCCAAACACGUUCCGACUUUAGCACAGAAACCCGUCUUGACCGGCUUCACGGAUUCCGGCAAGCCCAUUGAGGUACAGCGCCAGAAGCCCAUCACUCUGCGACACCUUCUUACGCACAGCGCCGGCAACAGCUACGACUUCCUCAGCGAUGCGACGCGAGACUGGCAGUCCUUCCACGGCCUCAAACCAACUCGCGGGUCUAUCGUCGAGGAGCGCUUCGGGUACCCCCUGAACUAUGAGCCGGGAGAAGACUGGGCCUACAGUUGCAGCUCAGAUUGGAUGGGGAAGCUGAUUGAGAAUGUGUCUGGGAAGUCGCUUGAGCAGUAUAUGCGCGAAAAUAUCUGGGACCCGGUUGGCGCAUCAAGUUUCACGUUCAAUGUUGAGUCUGUCAGAUCAAAACUUUGGGGAAUGAACACCCGGGACAGGGACACAGGGAAGAUUAUCCUCCAUCGCGGAAGGGAGUUGAAUCAUGGAGUCACCGACUGUCUUGGCGGACAAGGGUCUUAUGGAUCGGCCCCCGAUGUCAUGAGAGUUUUGCAUUCGCUGCUGGUUGACGACGGAAAGCUACUGAGUCCGACAAUGACUUCCGAAAUGUUCAAGCCCCAGCUAUCAUCACAGGCUAAGAGCAGCCUGUUGAAGGCGAUGGAAGAGCCAGAGUGGGCAGUUGGCCACUUCCCUUCACCCAUACCGGCGGAACGCAACUCUGAUGUGGAGUGGUGCAUCAAACGUUUUCUAGUGGAUCGAUCGCCAAGCUGGGCUUUGUGGCUUCUUUGCGACACAAAUGCUCCCUGCGGCAGAGGAGGGAAUCUGUCGGAUUAG